CGUAAUAUAUUUAGCCGAAAAUCAAUAUGUCUUGUCACUCAUGCUAAAUUCCAGUUAUAAUUCAGUGUAUUAUGAUUUUAUACAACUACACACGGUGAGAACAUUGGCUUGUAUGUGUUUGUUAAUAUAAGGUGUUAGUAAUCCGGAACGGUGAUCAUAAUGUCUGUUUUGUCAGUGCGACGGUACACAGUGACGGAGCAAAUAUUUAGGAGGACCAGUUAGUUAGACUAUCAAGUAAAUACAGCGACAGAAGGCAGGUUUUAAUGCGGUUAUUUUGCUUAUAGUUGGCCUAAAAGAUAUCCGUCGUCUCAAGUGCGGUAAACUUGCUUGCUUAGAAAAAAAAAAGACUGUCGUAAUGCUGAUUAUUAUUAAGAGCAUUGUAAUUCUUGUCUCUUGUUGUAUUGUCGCUUAGUUAGAAUACAGGCAAAUACACAGACUCUGACUGAUCUCAUUCAGGGCGUUUGGAAGACCUGUAUGCUAUUUUAAUUGAUUCGACUAUGUUUUGUUACAUUGAUCUGGAAAAAUUCUGUAUACAGUAUAUGCUACAGUUUGACACUGAAUGUAAACAUACUGGAUGUUGUUAAGCCCCCCCAUUGCCCACUCGUAAAAUCUCCCUUACUUAAUUAAGGCCUUAUUGGAUUAAAAUGAGAACAUAUUACACCAAUUGUUAAUAAAUUUGUUUUGUUGCAUGAACAGAUUGAUGCAGAUUUUAAAUUUCUGCAGACUUCGCAAAGGUGUCAAGUCUUGUGCUGUCAGAUCCCUGGCCUGUUUAUUUACUUCCACUAGUGCCAUGGCUAAAAGCAAGUUUGAAUAUGUGCGUAACUUUGAAGUAGAUGACACAUGUCUGAGAAACUGCUACAUUGUCGUGAGGCUGGAUGGGCGCAACUUCCACAGGUUUGCAGAGCAACACAAGUUCACCAAGCCCAAUGACAACAGGGCCCUGGGUCUGAUGACCCGCAGCGCCCGCUCAGUCAUGGAGGAGCUAGAGGAUAUUAUCAUUGCCUAUGGACAAAGUGAUGAGUUCAGUUUUGUUUUUAAGAGGACCUCCACUUGGUUCAAGAGGAGAGGCAGCAAGCUGAUGACCCUCGUGGCCUCGCAAUUCUCGUCGUCUUAUGUCUUUCACUGGAAAUACUUUUUUGGAGAGCAGCCUCUCCUCUACCCGCCAGGAUUUGAUGGACGUGUGGUACUAUAUCCUAGCAAUCGCAACCUGAAAGACUAUCUGAGCUGGAGGCAAGCAGACUGUCACAUAAAUAAUUUGUACAACACAGUGUUUUGGACCCUUGUACAAAAAGGUGGACUAACCACUGUUCAAGCAGAGGAUCGCUUAAAGGGAACAUUAGCUGCUGACAAAAAUGAAAUCCUGUUCUCAGAGUUUGACAUCAACUACAACAAGGAACCGGCUGUCAAUAGGAAAGGCACCACUCUCAUCUGGGAAAAGCAUGAUGAAACUGUCAUCACAGAAGUAAUGAAUGACAAGAGGAAGGAAGUGUGUGGCACUCCUCGGAGCAGGAGGCGUGUGCAGGCCUACCAUUCUGAUAUAAUAGGUGAAGACUUUUGGGAUCAGCAUUCCAAUAUUCUGGAAGAUGAUGGCUGCUAGUGCUGUGGAAAAUAAACACACAUCAUGUUGGUUGUGAGACUAGGGAAUCAAUUGGUUUACUCAACACACAGUUUAUAUAGCUUAACAAGUGACAUCUUAGCUCAUGUACAUUGGUGGUCAUUACCCUAGACCGGCAGCAAUCACCUUUGAGGCAGACAGCAAUCACCCUUGAGCCAAACAUGUUUCGUACUGCACAGUGGUUUAUCGUGAUCUCGUCUAACCGUGUCAAAGUUAAGAAUGUGUUAUUUCUCCAAUGUAAUUCCACCCUUUUGGGGGUCACUCAACCCCUAAAUCAAACAAAAAUGUCGCAAAACGAGAAGACUGGAUGGACUUAAUCUCCGCUACAACGGCGUCCUUCCUCAAAUGCGGUCCCCGGGAUGCCGUCAUCUCAUUGCAUACGCCUCGGCCACAAAUGGCUCACCUCCUGUAAUCUCUGCCCAAAAAGAGAUGCUCUGUCUCCCAUGGUUUUUAACAACUACCAACCCCUUUACAACCUUCCCCAAUAAUGGAAUGAUAAUCAAUCAUUAAACCCAUGACUUAAUCAAUUGCACUCUUCAUGCAUGUGUAGCUAAGUUUACUAAUCAUAUUUAGCAUUAGUACAAUCAAGUGAACAAACAAUCACUUCUAGAAUUCCCUCCUUGGACAGGAUUUAUCCUGGCUACAUCAAAACAUUGGAGCGAGCUCAUGUUCCCAGAAAGGAGAAGAAAAAUCCCUCUGAUGCUGUUAAAUGAGGUAUGGUCAUAGUUGACCUUGGGAUAGUGUACCUUGUGGACAUGAUAGAAAAUACAACCUCCCCCCACGAGCCAGCCACUGUACUGCUCACACUAGACCACCAAUGGGAUUUCUCAACUUACAAUUCUGAGUCAUCCACAGAGCCUUAUACUCAUCUGGAACCCCCUAGGUAUUACACUGGCAUCCAUCUACUCAAUUGCUAUCUAAAGAAUCAGCUGGUGCCUCACUUUUUGACAGUGCAGAAAUGUUACUUUUUAGGCAACCUGUGUCCAGUCUGCCAUAGCUGCAAUGAGUUGGACCAGUCUGACCUAUGUUGAUGGGUUUUAAUGUCCCCAUCCAUGUUCUCCCCGUGCCUGCGUGGGUUUUCUCCGGGCACUCUGGUUUCCUCCCACAUCCCAAAAACAUGCAUGAAUUGGAGACUCUAAAUUGCCCGUAGGUGUGAAUGUGAGUGCGAAUGGUUGUUUGUUUGUAUGUGCCCUGCGAUUGGCUGGCAACCAGUUCAGGGUGUACCCCGCCUCCUGCCCGAUGACAGCUGGGAUAGGCUCCAGCACCCCCGUGACCCUACUGAGGAGAAGCGGCUCAGAAAAUGGAUGGAUGGAUGAAUCUACCGUGACCACAAGUUCCUGUUGUGUGCGUGCAUAUACAAAACCUGUGCAGUAAAAGCAGUUGGGCUGAGCAAUGUGGUUAACUCAAGCUGUUAGUGAUGUGUCGGUCGCGAACGAAACUGCUCUAAGAUCCGGAUCUCUGAAGUGAACGAUGACUCUCGGCUCGUGAUUGGUAGCCGCUUUCAUCGUUCGCUGAAGAGAGAGCCCGCACGUGAUUGGUCAAUAUGUGUGGCGUCGUCUCGCUUUCUGACUGCGCCGAGCAGAGAUGGGGAGAAGUGAGAGCACACUCAGCAGCACACAGGAGAAGGAAUAAGACGAGAGAGAAACAAAGCAAGGGGUCAUGAGAGAAAACACGAACGUGCUGAUAAGGUUACGAAAAUGAGUGAUAGCAACUUUGUUGACAAUACAAAGGCAGCCCAAAGUCUGCAGGGGGGGGGGGAAUCUUCUCAUCGGGCUGGCUGCACAACCCGCUUAGUCACCCAUCCGUGCAAUGAGAAUAAUAAAAGACAAGCAUUUGAACCUGGUAUUAAUGAAAUUUCCAGUGUGUCUAAUGCAACUGUUGCACAUUGUAGUAAUGUCAGUCCCUUCUGAGAGAACCUUCUCCCAAACAGAAGAAAAAAAUUUAUGACAGAAGAAACCAGAUCAGCUCCUCAAAGCGGAGCAAUUUAACUAUAGAUAAGUUAUCUGAAUGUUAUUGUUUUUUCCCUCCACAUUUAAUUUACUGUAUAUUUUGUUGUGUGUUUUGCAGUGAUUCUGUGUUGUUUCACUUUAAAUUUGUUUUACAGAAAACAAUAUGUAUUAGUUACACUCGAAAUAAUUAUGUUUUUAUUUUUUGUAUUGUAGCACCAAGUAGCGUGAAUGAA